CUGUCGUCAUCUUUCCAAAAUUGGAGAGAGAGAGAGGAGAGAUCGGCAGCGGAAAAAAUGGCGGAGAUAAAGAGCGUGGCGGUGAUCGGAGCCGGGCAAAUGGGUUCGGGUAUCGCGCAGCUCGCCGUCACGCACGGCCUCGAUGUUUGGCUUCUCGACACUGAUUCACACGCUCUCUCUCGAGCCACUGCCUCCAUAUCCUCCUCCGUUCAACGCUUGGUCUCCAAAAGCCAAAUCUCCAAGGAAGUUGGUGCUGAUGCUAUGCGACGACUGCGUUGCACAUCGAAUCUUGAAGAUCUACAUUCUGCAGAUAUCAUAAUCGAAGCCAUUUUGGAAUCUGAAGACAUAAAGAAGAAGCUGUUCUCAGAUCUUGAUCGCAUAGCCAAGAGUUCCGCCAUCUUAGCAUCCAACACGAGCUCCAUAUCCAUAACUCGUCUUGCAUCUGCGACACAGCGACCUAGCCAGGUCAUCGGCAUGCAUUUCAUGAAUCCACCUCCGUUGAUGAAACUUGUCGAGAUCAUUCGAGGUGCAGACACGUCCGAAGAGACUUACACCAUGACAAAAUCCUUGGCUGAUAGGUUUGGCAAGAUAACCGUGUACUCGCAAGACUACGCAGGCUUCAUUGUGAACAGGAUCUUGAUGCCGAUGAUCAACGAGGCGUUCCACACGCUUUACACGGGAGUGGCUACAAAGGAAGACAUCGACAUGGGAAUGAAGCUCGGAACAAACCAUCCAAUGGGUCCUCUGGAGCUGGCAGAUUUCAUCGGUCUGGACAUAUGCUUGUCCAUAAUGAAUGUUCUUCACAAGGGUCUCGGAGAUCCAAAGUACGUGCCCUGCCCUCUUCUCGUUCAAUACGUGGAUUCUGGAAGGCUCGGCAGAAAACGUGGGAUCGGUGUUUACAACUACAGUAGAUCUCCGAAAUCGUCUCCUCGGCUCUGAGAAGUGACAAGUAAAAUCUUCAUCCCUUUUGGGCAAUUAAAACAUGAAGAAACCUUGGCUGGAAAGGCAAGAAAAGCGGCGGCAUGGUCACUGUCUUGUGGUUGUGUCUGGUUUCUUGAUCCUGUUGUUUCUUGAACAAGCUCAACAGUUAUCUGGUUUCAAGAAGUAAUAAAUAAAUAAAUAAAUAAAUUUAGUUUCUCAAAAUUA